UAAUUUGAAAUUACUGCCUUAUAAGUUCGAAACUGUAAGAUUUCACCUUUUCGGGACACAUCUGAUUACACAACUGUCAUAACAAAAAUUCUUCCGUUAUGUCAUCUCAAGCAGUUAGGGCUGCAACUAAACAAGUUAGGCCCAUUUUAUCCACCGAUCCCCAUGAGGCUCGACAAAGAGUCUUAAAUUUGUACAAGGCUUGGUAUCGCCAAAUACCAUACAUAGUGAAACAAUAUGAUAUCCCCAAAAGUGUUGAUAAUUUAAAAGCCAAGUUGCGAGAAGAAUUUAGAAAGAAUGACCACAUAAAAGAUAUUCGUGUAAUUGAUAUGCUGGUUGUGAAGGGCCAAAUGGAGUUGAAGGAAACGGUGAACUUCUGGAAACAAAAAGGAACGUUUAUGAGUUAUUUCAAGGAUACUGUUGAGCCGAAACAGAAAGAUUUUCUAUCGAAAUUUUUUUCAGGUCAUUAGAUAAAAUGUAAUGAAAAGUAGUGAUAUCAAUGUAUGCAUAAACAAAUUAAUAAAGUGAUACGAGUAGAA